AUGAGUUCAGAAAGUAAAUACAAAGUUGUGUUUGUUCGUCACGGUUAGAGCGAAUGGAAUCUUAAAAAUAUAUUUACAGGCUGGCAUGAUAUUCCAUUAUCAGAGCAAGGUCAUCAAGAAGCUACUCUUGCAGGAUAAAUUUUAAAAUAGAAAGGUUAUAGUUUUGAUUUAGCAAUAACAAGUGUCCUACAAAGAUCUAUUUAGACAUUCAAUCACAUAGCAGAAGAAUUAUAAAUUCAUCAUAUUCCUAUUAUAAAAUCUUGGAGACUUAAUGAAAGACACUAUGGCUCUUUACAAGGCUUAAAUAAAUCUGAAACAGCUGCAUUACAUGGAGAAGCCUAAGUCAAAAUCUGGAGAAGAUCAUAUGACGUGAGACCUCCUGAAAUGUCCAUAGAUCAUCCAGAUUACCCAGGUAAGGAUUCAAGAUACAAGCAUAUACCACCCUCAAGCUUACCAAAAGGAGAAUGCUUGAAAGAUACUGUAGAAAGAGUACUUCCUUUCUGGACUGAUACUAUAUGUAAAGCAAUUAUUGAGGGUCAAAAAGUAAUCGUUUCAGCUCAUGGAAAUUCUCUUAGAGCCAUUGUUAAGUAUUUAGAUAAGAUGACUGAUGAAUAAAUUAUGGAAUUAGACAUACCUACUGGAGUUCCUUUAGUUUAUGAGCUUGACGAAAAUCUUCUCCCAGUUAAGCAUUACUAUUUGAUCUCAUAGGAAGAGUUAGAAAAGAAGAUGCAAGAAGUCAAGAAUCAAGGAAAAGCUCAAUAAAAUUGA